UUAAAUUGCAUAUCUCCAAAGUGACCCGAAGCAGCUUUAUUUUGGCCUGUCUGUUCGGGCCCAUUGAGACAUAUUUUAGGAUAAAAUCCUGUGCAUGCUUACCUGAAAGUAAGAAUCACUGGGUACAGUGGGACUUACCUGUUCUGUGUAACACAUCUGGGGCUAAAUGAAGACCAGACUGGAAUAGACACAUAUGUAUAACCAAGUAGGUAGGUAUAAUGUUGGGGCAUGUAGAGCUUUUCUGAGCUUGAAAAGUGUAUACAAGUGAAGAGCGCUGAACACUUCCAUGCCUAGCAUCCCUCAACUACUUUCUCACUUUAUUCACUUACAUCUAUUCAGGAAUAGAAUGAGAAAUUCCUUGGUGGUAGUAGGCCUGAAGGCAAGUCACUUCUAGGGUGCAUAAGACCUCAGAGGGAAACCAAAAAUCCAAACGUGUUGAUGCCUCUGGGGGCAGGGUCUGGGCCUGGUUAAGGCCUGGAGGGAUGUUUUCUACUCCCAGUUUUGAAAAGAGCUUCCCAAUCCUAAAACAGCCUGAAAUGGCCAGCUACAGUCCCAGAGGAUUGUGAGGGCAUGUUGCUCCAAUUUCAGAAUUUAAAAAAUUGGGACGAUACUUCAUAAAAAUGACCUUUAGGCACAUGUAGUUCACAGGUGACUACCCCAAUUGUGAUGAGAAAUUGAAUGGAGACAGGCUACAUAAUUGCAAAAGCCUUACUUGGGUGUCAAUUAAGUACAUAUUUUGAUGGAUCUCCAUAUCCUCCAACUGUCCUGACUUGGCAGGAAUAGUCCUAAUUAAGCCUCUGUCAUCCCACUUUCUUUUAAAAUGCUCCAAUUUCUGUUGUCUUUCCACUUUCCUCUUUUCCUCAGCUUGCUUCAGUUCCUGCAAAGUGAGUUCAAAGUGUAAAAGCAGUUGCCGUGGAAAAAAAAGGGGGGGAGGUACAGAUGACAACAGACACCCAAUUGGCAGAAAAAAGGCCACAACUUUGUUGAAAACAGCCAGCGAGUGAGAGGGUUGGAUCUGUCAUCCACCAACCUGUGUUGGUCAAUGAACCAAAUUGCCUAGUCACACCCAGGCUUCGGGAUGACAUGAGUAACCGACAGAAUGUGUGCUCACCACAUCAGAUGCCAGUUAUGCACAUAUGCACAUCUCCACCCUUGUCACUGGGGUACGCUGAAUCGAUGUUGCCCCCACAUUGGUGACAUUGCCACUCUCUCAGCACCCCCGGGUCCCCGUUGGGAUGCAGUGCUCCACAGCACAGGAAACCACGCCCAUCAGAUGUGAGACUUAUGCUACCACUGACACUGGAAAGUUGUGACAGUACAACACCAACCCUGGAGGGAGGGAGGGAGGGUGGGGAGCUGAUUCAAAAUGGUACCGAGUGUCGGUGCCGCAUGGCCCUAUAAAGGCCUUCCAGCCAAUCAGAGGUCAGGAGGCAAGGGAAGGACCACCCCUCCAUGCCUCCCAGCCAAUCCUGGGGCUCACAGCCCAUUGCCCACCAAUAGCAAGCCACUUCUGCUUCCAGUGCAACCUGGGAGUUGCAGUCCAGGCCCUAGACUGGAAGUGACCCAUCUGCCCAAUAGUGCUGCACUUCUGCUCCCAGGACACCUGGGAGUUGGAAUCCAGCCCUGUGCCUGAAAGCACUGUGAGCCUGCCUGCUGCUGCACAGGCCCCAGUGGCUCUUACUGACGUGGCAUAUGCCCCACAGGGGACCCACUCCACCACACCACAGCAACUGGACUGGCCCAGUGAGUCAGGUGGUCCCAUUUGGCAUUCAAUUAAUUUAGCAGUGUGGAGAAGAGAGGCGAGGAGGAGGUGGAAUCUUGUUGUACACAGUAGACUCAGGCAAAAGCAAACUGCUGCAACCUCUCCUAGUUUGUAUAUUUUUCCUGAUUAAUACUCAUUUACCCCUCUUGACUACAAUCUGAUAUUGGUCAGCCAUGUGUGUCCAAGCAUUAAUCUGUGUAAUGUUGCAGGAUAUGGAUCUCACAAAGCUCAUUGCUAAGGCUGUUGCUGGCUCAGUCCUGGCACAAGGUAACCUUGGUCUCUGUUUAGCUUGGCAAAGGGAUCUUGUAGCAUCUUUGAGACUAACUGUGCAAAAAAAGUUUGAUCACAAGCUUUGGUCUACUUUCUCAUAUGCAUCUUGCAUCUGUGGAAGUAGGGCAUGUUUAGAAAAGAAUAUGUUACAAUUUCUUUUGCACAGUUAGUCUCAAACAUGCUACAUUAAGGUCCCUUUGCAUAUGAUAUUCCAGUCUAACAUGGCUAUAUCUCUGUUUAUCUUGGUUCAGGUCAGCAUCCUGGUGGUUUAAAGAUCUGCUUCAUAUUCACAAUCCCUCCUUAUCUUGACUGCUUCAUAUUCACGAUCCCUACUUAUCCCCUCCUUUUAAGUGCUCUGAAAGUCACCCAAUGUACAUUUACCAGGAAGCAUGGUGGGAAUCUGUUUCCCUGUCACCCGGGGAGCAGCUGACUGAUUUUCUCAGCACCUCACAUAUAAGCAAUCUCUGCUGUGAGGGGGGAUUGUGGCAGGGACCAUGUUUCUGCCUGUUUCGAUGGAGAUCAUUCAAGAAAGUGUGUGGCAAUGCUAGUCAGCCACUUCCUGAGUGAAACUGGACCAGACCCCUGUCAACUGCAGUGGCUGCUAUUACCUGUAUGGGAGGAGCUGAGCACGAGGGGCUGGCUCAUGGCCGUCGCCAUCUUUUUUUUCCCCAUCGCCGCUUUGUCCGUGGAGAUUGUGGUCCGAAGGGAGCUGCAGGAAAUUUUUGCUGGAGACGCAUCUGUGGAGCCCAAAAGACCAGCUGGAGGGAAUGGUCUAGAGUUCAGGCAUCUUGAGGACACAGAGGAACCAUUGGAAAUGUCACCCCAGACCCAGUUAUCUGAGGAUUUCACCCCUAGUGCUGGAUCUGAAGAUUUAUUUUCACAAGAGGCACAACCAGGGACAUUUGUGCUGAACUUGACAGCUGUUCCAGAGGAGGAUGACAUGACUCAAAUUCUACCUGAUGAAGAUAAUGAAGAUAACAACAAUGGCAACGAGCGGCGGAAGGAUAGCACAGAUGUUCCCAUGUCUUCUGAUGAGGAACAGAAUGCUUGUGAAUUUCCCAAUCUUCAACCAGUUAAACCUAGCGCAACCUACUCUGCCCGCCAAAUUGCAUCUUUAACGCCUGUGGAAAGAUUAGCAAUGAUUAAGAAAAAGCGUGAGAAGACUACUUGUGAGAAAAUGUGUGAACAAUUGAUUGAGUGCUCAAAAAUAAUUUGAAACUCGUGAUUGAACACAGCAAUGAUCGACUGAGGAAAGAGAUGCAGUAGAAGGAGAUGGUUUUUGAUAAAACUAAUUCAAAUUUUAUGGAGCUUAUUUCUGUUUUGAAAGAUUUUUCGUCAACCUAUAAGGAGUCUUGUUCAAAAUUGCAAAAUAAAGAAAUCAGGGUAGUCAAACGCAUUAAGAGAAAGCCAAUUGGUGAUGUGCAAAACAGAGAGAAACAUCAAAAGCACCAAAUCAUUCCUGAUAAGCAGGAUGCGAUUGAUCCUGGUGAUAAAGAAUGUUUGGUGCGCGUUGAUGUGGAUGACCCAGGUACUAGUACCAUUAUGGUACCAGUGUCCAAAGUAAGGUCACAAAGAAUUAUUCGGAAACCAGUUCCCUUUUCUCCAUAAUAUUCAGCAGUAAAGAUAGGGUUAAGAACAGAUAUGUGUUAAAUAAUAUCAAUAAGGAAAAGUAACCCUUAACAAUGUAUGUGAAAUGUAGUCUUACAACAGUAUCACAUUUUGUAAACUCUAGAGUAGUGCUUAUGUACAUCUGCCAAAUAUUUGACCUAAUUCUUUUUUGUUGAGAUAACAAUUUACAGGCAGAAAUGGAAUUAUGCUGUGAACAAUAAAGAGUUAUUAUUUCUAAA